AUGCCCUCACCAGCCACAGCCCACCUCCUCCACACCACCACCCAAGACCUCAUCGCCGGCGUCAUCAUCGGCUCCGCCCUCGGCGACGCCAUCGGCCUCUACACCGAAUUCAUGCCCGCCUCCCUCGCAGCGACCGCCUACCCUUCGCGUUCCUUCACUCUAACCGGGACCCCCACCAACCCAAUCCCCACUCCUUUCCACUUCGACACUCACCGCGCCCCUUUCCAACCCGGUCGCUGGACAGACGACACCGACCAUGCGCUUCUCAUCUUGCUCGCUUUUCUCCAUACUGCGCGGACACCCACCCCUGAUGAACCCGCUAGCUCACUACCCCUCCCGACACAGCAGGAACUGGCCAAGCGCCUCCGGGUAUGGACAUCGCAAGGGUUCAAACCCCUCGGCACGAUGCCCCUUGGCCUAGGCCGGUUAGUCGGGUCAGUGGUAUCCUCAGCCGGAUUUGACAGCGACCCGGAGAGCGUAGCAAGGGGGUAUUGGGAGCGGACGGGCAAACGGGUCGCGCCGAAUGGGAGUUUGAUGAGGACUUGGCCGGUGGGUGUGUUUUCGGCUGCCACGCUGUCUCGGGUUACGCAUGUCGACCCACGGUGUGUUCUUGCCUGCGUGAUUGGUACCGGUCUUGUUCGGGGUUUGCUCCGCGGGGAAAUUGCCGUUGAAUCUGAUAUCGACGCGCUCAUCAAGCGGGCACUGAACUGGUACUCCCGACAGCAUGACGAAAACGACCAAAAAAUCGACGAACCCGAACUCUGGAAGCACAUCUCCUCCUCCACCACCUUAUCCCAACUCCACCUCGACGACCAACCCACCAUCGGCUACGUCUACAAAACCCUCGGCGCCGGCGUCACCAUGCUCCGCCUCGCCAUGCGCACAGUCAACGACACCAAAGCCGCCAAACUCACGCGAACCAAACUCUUCGAAGAGUUCAUUACGGACCUGACAUUCCACGGCGGCGACGCCGACACCAACGCCUGUUUCGCCGGCGCUUUGCUAGGCAGCUAUCUCGGCUACGGCGCCUUGCCCGACCACUGGAAACACGGUCUCCUACACGAAGAGUGGUUGUUGCAGAAAUCGGACGCGUUGUGUCGGGUGCUGGGGGUUCAGAAGGGGGAGUAUGAUGGGUCGAAGGAUGCAGACGCGGAGCCGGAGGGAGGCAAACCGGUGAUUAGCCAGCAGGAGAUGGAGGGGAGGUGGAUGGUGUUGCAGCAGGAGGCGUUUCGGAAGAUGGAGGAGACUGCGAAGAGGGGGGUGACGAAGGCUGGCGGGGGGAGUUGGUGGCAGAAGGCUGUUGGGAGGGGAUAA